AUGGAAAGCGGGCAACUGAUUUUUGAUCAAGUAUUAUUUGAUGAACAAAUGAAAAAAUCUGGUUUAUUGAACUGUAUAUCCGACCCUAUUUUCCCACUACGAACACAAUUUUGUUUUAUCCAUUUAACCAUACAAGAAUUUCUUGCUGCAAGACACGUGACAGAAACACUCGCUCCAACCGAAAUAAAGAAGAUCAUUUCCGACCAUGUCAAAAGUGAAAAAAGGCAUUUAGUUCUUCGGUUCAUUGCAAGACAUUUGGGCAAGAAAAUCAAGAAUUUUGAUUGGGAAUAGAAGGAUUGUAUUUUCGCGUUUGCAGAAAGCUUCGAAGUUACUGAUGAUUGUGAAAUUAUAGUUAAAUGCCAUGAAGUAUCUAUAAUGAAGUGUUUAAAGGAAGCGGACGAUGAAGAGAUUACUAAAGAAGUUUGA